AUGAGAAACCCAAAUGAGUCUCCUGAAGCAGACUCGUCAUUUGGAAAUAGACAAGAAAAGGGGCGUCUGAAGAAUAUCGAAUGGACCGCAUACGAAGCUGUUCAUAAAAAAUAUCUUAACUUAGAUACCAAACCGAAACUUAAAAAUCACUACAGGGCUCACCGUUUGUCUUUUUGGUUAAACCUCGUGCCAGAUCUCCACAAACCUGGUGGAGACGACGUGCCCAUGGCCCAUCAUCAGCUGAUAGAUGAUGACCCACCCCGACCAAAGCUCCCCAAUCUCAAUCCCCGCAAGCUAACUACAGAAGCCUCGGUUAUUGACACAGGAAAAGGAGCAACUUCACCAACCAAUAGUUCCACCUUGACAUCACCUGUUUUGGACACGACAGAACGUGUAGAAGAACUCGGGGGUGCUAGUACAACUCCACAUCCGGUAGAAGACGGUUUCGCGGCCUAUUCCACGGCCCUUAGUGUUACAAUCGCGAUAGGGUGUUCGUUGUUAAUUUUGAACGUGUUAAUUUUCGCUGGUGUGUACUACCAAAGAGACAAGUCUCGUAUGAGUGAAGGUGCCAGGCAGCCAAAGAAGCGUAAUGAAAAUGGACAAAUGCCUAAUAAUAUAUGUGGCGAUUUAGAAUCGAGUAUAUUAGGAUACUAA